CUGACUGCAUGUUGACAUACGUAUGUGGACUAUGUGGACAUCAUGGGUGGACUUAUGUCCCUGUAUUGAUUUAUCUGUACGCUUCUAUCCAUGCGUCUUCCCCUCCAGGUUUCCUCUGGACAACGCGGCCCUGCUGGCUCAGUGGCUGAAGGCCGUUGGUCGUCCCAACUGGCAUCCUCGGCUCGGCUCGUCCGUCUGUUCGACCCACUUCACCGAGGACUGCUUCGACCUCAGUGGGGAGAAGGUCGCCGUCCGCCCGGACGCCGUGCCCACGCUCAUGGUCCACGGCGACUCAGCGACUCCGUGCAGAGGUCCGACCCAGCCGGCUGUGGGGGAGGAGGCCUAUUUUGCCAAGUACGAUGCCGUGGAGCUCUACCUGAGCAGACACACCUAUCCUCCUGGACUGAGCUACGUAGAGAAGAACACCUUCAGGAGGUUCUGCAAGAAGUUCGCCAUCAAAGACGAGGCGCUCCACAUAGUCCGGGGAGAUCGGGUGUGUUUGGUUCUGAGGAGCAGGCAGCGAGUUGAAGCCGCCCUGCUGGAUUAUCACAACGAGCUGAACCACCUCGACGCCAACAAGUGUCUCCGACUGCUCAACGAAAGGUACUUCUGGAAAACCAUGAGGACUGAUGUGGUGCAGUGGAUCAACAGCUGCUCGCAGUGCAACAGGAAGAAGAAGAAGAACCCAGAGAACCAAACAGAACCAGAGUUUGUUCUGGAGGCGCUGAGAUCACCACAGAUACCUGAUGAUUUAGACAGCGGGAAGGAUGACGAUGGUUACAGCGAUGAUGGCGAGGAUGACGGUGGUGGGGAUGCUGAUGAAGGCAGCGGUGAUGAAGAGAGGCGGCCAGAAACGAAUUCAGAGGACAGAGUGGAGAACCCUUCGCCCCCCCAGCCCGUAACUCCCAUCAGCCCUCAGCCCAGAAUCCCCAUCCUCCUUCAUCUAAGAACUCCCAUCAACUUCCAGCCCAGCACUCCCAUAAUCCUCCAGCCGAGGAUUCCCAACGUCCCCUUUGUGGCCAGACUCUGGCCUGUCAAGAGAGGGACGCCUCCACAGUCUGAAGUCCAGAAGGAGACCAACAGCUCCGAGACUCAGCCAGAGAGACAAGUUCAGGUGAAGACACGACCUCAGGACCAGAAAGAGACCAGUGGAUCUCCGGGCAGCACCAGAACACAUCACUGUGUCAAAGUCCAGGACACAACCGAACCUCUCACAGAGUCACAUCCUCCACCCGAGCUCCCGGUAAAACACCAACCUCCACAAGCCAAGACCAAGCAACCCCCAAAUCAGGGCAGAGGACCAAAGACCCAAACCCAGAUCCACGUCCAGCGGCCGGUGAAGAGAAGGAGAGACCUGCAGGCAGCGUCCUCGGCUAAGAGGAGCUCCAGCUGUGGUCUGGAGCCCGUGGUGGCCCCGAGCUCCAAACCCUGGCCCGUCUUCACCAUCGCUGGCUCUGCCCCGGCACAGACAGCAGAACCCCUUCCUAUGAUGGACGGCUCUGCUCCCUUCCGGAGGCCCAGGAGUCUUCAGGCCCGGACGGUCAUCCAGCAGUGCAGUACAGCGAAGGUUAAGGUCAAACCAGCGCUGGACGGGGCCGACGCUCAGUGGGCCGAGAUCCAGGAGGGGAUGGUUGUGUAUGUGUGCUUCUUCCACGGAGCCACCGAGGACGUCGCUCAUGAGAUGGCCAGCAGUCUGAUGACCACCAAAUUUUUCCGAAAAGACACCGGGCACUCGGUUUCCGUUGUCGACCUCCCCGGGAGCGUUUUAUUUAUCCCCCAGGACUCCCUGCUCGGAGAGCCGGUGCCCAAGAGGAGAGUGCAGUACAAAGGGGGGUGUGAGCUGUGGUGGGGCGCCCAGCUCUUCUCCAACCUGGUGUCCACCUGCAGGGAGCUCAUGGCCGCCUCAGCGAAGUGCACGAAGGCGGGCGCCAAGGUGGAGGAGGGAGUCUACGCACAGAAACAAGAGAUCGUCCUGAACUCUGUGGAGCCGCUGACGCUCCUGCUGGAGUUCUGAGGUCGUGGGGUCGGGGAUGGCGUCCACUCAAUCUGAAUGGAGGGAAUAAUCCAGGACUGUUGGAUUUAGCCCCGUUUACACCGCAGGAACUAACUUUCCACUUUGUGAAGAAGCUUGAGGCCCUUUGGAGACGUUCAAAGCUCUGUCAGUAAAUUAGAAAGAUAAAAUAUAGUUUCCUCUGCAGUGCUGUUACAACAGAUAUUCUGUUUUCUCACCCAAAAUAUGUCCAGAAACGCUCAAAUCAGGCUGAACUGAAGCACUUUAACAUGAGAUGCACUUUAAGGAUUUAAGUCUUUUGUUGUUGAACACUCUAAAAGUUAAUCUUUUGUUCAUAUUGUUUAUACUGUAUAGUUAAAUGAGUAUUAAAUAACUAUUUAUUGUAUAUAAAAAAAAGUGUGUACAUUGCAUUCAUUGAGUUAUUGAUGACAUUACUUUCAUAAAUCAGUUGAAUUCACAUGUUCCGGGCAUGGAGGGAUGUUUUUCAAACCUGAUCCCUAAUCCUCAAUUCUGACCUCGAAACCAACCGUCUGGUUGCCCUUUUUAAGGCAAUAAUUGAUGUUAGGAGGCGUAAUCACCAGCUUUUAGUUUAGUAAUCAAUAAAUAUUAAAGGUCCCAUAUUGUAAAAAGUGAGAUUUUCAGGUCUUUUACAUUAUAAAGCAGGUUUAAGUGCUAUAUAAAUACUGUUAAACUAUCAAAAUGC